AUGACGACUUCAUCUUCGCUCACUCCACAACAGCAGGCAGCAGAUCCCAACACCAUGAAGAACAUGGUCGCCGCAAGUGGAGCUGGGCCUGGCCCAGCAUCCUCUUCAUCGCCAGCGUCUAAAACUGGUGAUAUGCGGUCGUCUUCCAGUUUCAUGGACCUCGUUCAGUGCGAGUUAC